GUCAUUGGACUGUGCAUUGUUGAUUUCGACCACGUUCAUGGCCCAGAGAUAGAAUAUUGGCUCGACGACCGCACAAACGAAUACAACCAGGCCUCUAUGGCGGCCAAGUUUGCGCAAAUAUGGCCGCAGCUGCCCUUCCAGGGACUUCCGGACGGUGCACACUUGUUUGAUGAAACAUUCACGAAUUUUACGCUCACAGAGAAGCAUUACGACCUCACGACCCUUUUUGGAUGCGCUUGCGUGCGUCAGCUGAACAGCAGCGCAUUGGCGGACGGUGCGGACUUCAAGCGGUCUAUUAUCCAGAAAAGCGUGGUGAUGAUCACGCGAUACCCGAUCCCAAUCCAACUAAAGGAGAAAUUAAGCAUAAUCACCAUGAGCUACUUUGACCAGCACAACUUCCACGACAAGUCUAUAAUCAAAGCCCUUUUUGAAAACGUGACCACAGUGUACAAUUCUCACGGCUUUAAGGAAAGCGACUUCUACACGGGACUUAAUCUGAAAGAGCUGGUGGUGACGUUCAAACGGAAUUUGUUGGUCGUCUACAAAGCGUUGCUGCUUGAGCAGCGCAUUCUCGUGUACUCGAAAAACCUCAACCGUCUCUCUAAUUUCCAAUACUCGCUUCUCUCACUCAUACCGAACUUGUUGCUCCAUCUUUCCGACAGCGGAAGUCCAUUGACAGGGACCGAUCCCGGACAGGUCGAGAAGCCUACUUCAUUGAAAAGCAGCGACAGACAGUCUAUGCUGGCAUUCAUGGGCCUUCCGUUGCGAAUAUUCGGCAGGGGAGGCUUUUUCCAGCCGUACUUGACUCUGCAGCAGAUCGGGUACCUGACCAACGAGAACACCAGCUGGUAUCUGGUCGGCUGCUCAAAUGACAUAAUACUACACCAGAAAACGCAAUAUGCCGAUCUCGUGGUAAAUCUCGACGACGCGAGUGUCGAGCUGCUGAGCCCGCAGUUGAAGGAGAAAGUAGCACUCACCAGCGCAGAUCGUCGCUUUGUCGACUCGCUGAGCGACGAGGUGCUGGCUGCCGACGAGGUGAGCGUGUCGCUGGCAAACAGUCCGAUGGAAUCGCAGUCGUACCGGGGCGGCGAUGACUUUAUCCGGUACAACUUUGAGGAUUACCUAAUCGGGAUGCUGUCGAGCAUCAAGUACGACAACUUCCGCAACAUGUCCAGGCUGGAAAAUGUGCAGCAGCUGAGUUCGUUUGCAAACGAGAUCGAGCAGUUUGGCAAUCCGUUUGUUGCCGCUUUCCGGGCCACUAAUGCCUACAAGAUAUUUGAUCGCGGGACCGAUGACGAAUUAUUUAACUUUUUCGAGCCCAAACAC